AUGGGCCUGAUCUGGCUUCUGCUACUCAGCCUGCUGGAACCCGGCUGGCCCGCGGCGGGGCCCGGGACGAGGCUGCGGCGCGAUGCGGCCGGCCGCGGCGGCGUCUAUGAGCACCUCGGCGGGGCGCCCAGGCGCCGCAAGCUCUACUGCGCCACCAAGUACCACCUCCAGCUGCACCCGAGCGGCCGCGUGAACGGCAGCCUGGAGAACAGCGCCUACAGCAUCCUGGAGAUUACUGCCGUGGAGGUGGGCAUAGUGGCCAUCAAAGGGCUCUUCUCGGGGCGGUACCUGGCCAUGAACAAGAGAGGACGGCUCUAUGCUUCGGAGCACUACAACGCAGAGUGUGAGUUUGUGGAGCGGAUCCAUGAGCUGGGCUACAACACAUACGCAUCCCGCCUGUACCGCACGGGGCCCAGUGGGCCAGGGGCUCGACGGCAGCCUGGUGCCCAGAGACCUUGGUACGUGUCUGUGAAUGGCAAGGGCAGGCCACGCAGGGGCUUCAAAACCCGGCGCACACAGAAGUCUUCCCUCUUCCUGCCCCGAGUGCUGGGCCACAAGGACCAUGAGAUGGUGCGGCUGCUGCAGAGCGCCCAGCCACGGGCCCCCGGUGAGGGCGGUCAGCCCAGGCAGCGGAGGCAGAAGAAGCAGAGCCCAGGGGACCAUGGCAGGAGGGAGCCCUUGUCUCCUAGGGCCACUCCAAGCACCCGGCUGGAUACAGGUGGACCGGCUGUGGCCUGA